UGUGUCUUUCCAGACCCAUAAUCAGCCUGAAACCUGAAUUUGAGAUCAACUCCGCCUCUCAUUGAUGAAGUGGGUGGGUGGGUGAGCGAGCGUGUAUGAAAUCGUUGGCCCUAACCAGUCAGAUAUUCCCAGCCAUCCUCAUGGGUCUGUCCACGGUCACGUUUGGGCAGGAAUUGCGGCAACUCCUGCGGCCGUACUAUUUCAUCAAUAUCCUGCUGAGUGCGGCCUUCUUGGGUCUGAAACUGACUUGGCCCGCUUGUGAAUGGGUUUUUGGGCAGGACAACCCCGAGAAUUGCCAAUUGGACAUGCGCGAAAAUGAGAUCCUCUUCUUCUUGCUCAUAGUCAUCAUGAUCCGGGCCCGCAAAACCGGAUCCACCCGCAUGGUGUCUUAUCUUUCCUCGGGCUUUGUCUACGCGAAAGUGGCAAAUCUAGUCCUCUUCUCCCGGUCGGAUCCUCGUUAUGGCCUCCUGUACUUGCUCUUGUUCACGCUCCAAGGCAUGCUUCUCCCCGAGCCCACCUACAAAGGCCCCGAGAACAUUACCUAUUUCCGAUCCGACGGCCUGGACGAGGAAAUCAAACGAGACCCUCACGUGACUUGGUUGGUGACCUUCUACGCCGCUUGGUCGCCCGCUUCCAUCAACUUCUCGCCCGUGUUCGCCAAGAUCUCUUCCCAAUACGGUUUGCCCAACCUCAAGUUCGGCAAAAUCGAUAUCGGCCGUUAUCCGGAUAUUGGAACCGAGCAUUUGAUCAACACCUCCGCUCUCACCCGCCAACUGCCCACAGUGAUUAUGUUCCAGAAUGGUAAAGAAGUGGGGCGUGUUCCCGCUAUUGUGUCGGGCAAGGUUCAGAAGUUCGUGUUCAAGGAGGAAGAUAUCGUGGGCGUGUUUGAUUUGAACAACUUGUACGCGGAGUGCAAGAAGGACAAGAAAUACGCCGCCCAAAUCAAGCAAAUGGAAGAGGAAACGCAGGUGGUUCAAGAAGCCAAGAAAACCAAAUAGAUUUUAGAUUGAAGAUGCUCCCUCUCAUAAUUGGGCAUUAUUGAACCUCGGACACUUCGAUUAGCGCUGUGCAAUUGACUUAGACAUUUUGGUUGUCGUGCUUUGUCCUUCGGACGGAAUCUCAUCCCUUGAAUAUGAGCAUACUUGUGAACGAAUAUGUACUAUAAGCACUGAUGUAUCUCGUGUAAUUGAAUGCGAAAAGGGAGAAUGCAUUUUGUUUCCUUGUGA